AAGCCGCCCCUUCAGUUGACUCCAAUCGAUUCCACCAUGUUUGCUUCAGCCAUCCUGCUAUGCCUCUGUGUUCUCUUCAUCCUCCUUCAACUCACAACCCGAAGACCCAAGAACUUUCCACCGGGACCCCUUUUACUGCCAAUAGUGGGGACCAUUUUGCACCUGACCCUAGAUAACCCCUUGGCGGACCUUGAAAGGCUGAGGAAGACCUAUGGAAAUGUCUACAGUUUGUUCUUCGGUUCCAGACCGGCUGUGAUCGUCAAUGGAGUGAAGGCCAUGAAAGAGGCUUUAGUGACCAACGCCAAAGAUUUUUCUGGACGACCCCAAGACCUGUUUAUCAGCAAAGUCUCCAAGAAUGGAGGUGUGGUUCUGGCAGAUUAUGGCCCCAGAUGGAAGGACCACCGUCGCUUUGCCCUGAUGACCUUAAGGAACUUUGGUAUGGGGAAGAAUUCCAUGGAGGACAGGAUUCAUGGAGAGCUAAAAUACACCAUUGAUACACUGGAAAAAAGCAUUGGCAAAAGCAUGAGUCCUCAAGUUAUGUUCCAUAAUGCGUCCUCCAACAUCAUCUGCCAGGUUCUGUUUGAUAGACGCUACGAGUACAAUGACGAUUUCAUCAAAGUGGUUAUUCAGUGCUUCACUGAGAAUGCCAAGUUAGUCAAUGGACCCUGGGUUAUGCUGUAUGACUCCUUUCCCUUGGUUCGUAACCUGCCGCUGCCCUUCAACAAGGCCAUUAAGAAUUAUGAGACUUGUCAGAAUCUUGUGCAUGGCUUGGUGGCCGAGCAUAAGAAGACCAAAGUCACUGGAGAGCCUCGAGACUUUGUUGACUGCUAUCUGGAUGAAAUAGGAAAGAGAUCCGAUGAUGGUUCUUCAUUUUCAGAAGAACAGCUGAUUAGGUACCUUCUAGAUCUUCACUUUGCUGGGACUGACACGACCUCCAACACCCUGCUUACUGCUUUCCUCUACCUUACGACCAAGCCACACAUACAAGAGCGCUGUCAAGAGGAGAUAGACAGGGUGUUAGAAGGGAAGGAUCAGGCCAGUUUUGAAGACAGACAUCAGAUGCAUUACAUGCAGGCUGUGAUCCAUGAAGUUCAGAGGGUAGCCAACACUGUUCCGCUCAGCGUCUUCCACUGUACGACUCAAGACACAGAGCUAAUGGGAUAUUCCAUUCCCAAAGGUACGCUGAUCAUCCCUAACUUGACCUCUUUACUGAGUGAGGAGGGACAAUGGAAAUACCCUCAUGAAUUCAACCCUGAGAACUUCCUCAAUGAGCAGGGAGAGUUUGUUAAACCAGAGGCCUUCAUGCCUUUCUCCACAGGUCCUCGUAUGUGUCUCGGGGAGGGUCUGGCUCGUAUGGAGCUCUUCCUCAUCACGGUCACGCUGCUGAGGAAGUUUAAGUUCAUCUGGCCUGAGGAUGCAGGAGAGCCAGACUACACUCCAGUCUAUGGGGUUACUCUGAGUCCCCAUCCUUACCGCAUGAAGGUCCAACCGAGGGCAACGCAGUAAGGCGGUCUGCAAACACAGCGGAGACAGUGGAGACUGACCCAGAAUAAGCAUCAAUAAACAGCCAUUAACUCCUGAGAACAAAUACAAUGACAACAAUAGGAUUCAUGUAAUCUUUUCUCAUUAACAUAACAUAAAUAUAGGUUUUAUUUUAUUCAAAUUAAUUCUACUUAAUGAGUUCAAUCAACUCAUUAAGUGUCAAAAGAAACAUGAUCAGCAUAUUAGUAGACUUCCCAGCAUGCCUCGUUAAAACUCUCCUGAGACCCAUCUUUUUAUAGUUGAUGGUGAUAGGAACUUGCUGUGUGUCUCUGAUACACUUAUAAGUGAUAAGUCAUGGUUGUUUGUUUUCACAAUAAUGAAAUUAUUGCAGACCAUAAUGACGAGGCCAUGGAGAAACAACAUAUUUUAUUAUUUAACCCAUUCAAAACCCAAUUAUGUUCUAAACACCCAAAAAUAAAAUAUGAAUACACUGUACUGUGUUUUCUUUUUCUGUCCAUUCCAAUUGAUCAUAAUAGAUUAAAAUAUGCUUUAUAUUUUCUCUUUGCCUCAUGGUCGGCUAUGCUUGAUGAAAAAGGGUGUGUGGCUCUACUGCAGUUCACUUUAGAUGAUGUGGAUCACUGUGAUUGGCUUUCAGACAUUGGAUCAAAUAAGUUUGUGCAUUUGGGCGGAGUCAGAUGACAGUAAUCAUACAUCUAGACAUCCUAUAAAGUUACGUCUAUUGGAAUGGACGGGGGAUCUUUUGAUUUCAUUAAGUGGGUUCAUAUAUUUAUAUACAUUCAUAUAUUACAGCUUACUCAUAUAUUCAAAUUACAUUCAUUAUACUUAUUGCUUACUCAUGUAUUCUAUGACAUGUUUUAGUCUGGUGUGUAACAUUCUUUGUAUAAUAGUAAAUUAGGGGUACUGUAAUGGGAUUUCAGUUAUAUGCAUUCGCAGGUUAAAAAAAAGAAACUUAAUAUUACAAUAUAUUAUCAAUCUUCCCAUUUUCUUAAUAGAAUCUAUAUAUUAAACACCACAUAACAAACAAAUAAUAAAAUAAUAAUAAAUAAUAAAAUACAUAAAUACAGUACGAUUGUAUUACGGAGUGAAAGUGACAGAUUUCAACUGCAGCUUAAAAAAGCAAUGUUCUUAAAAAUAACCAUAGAGCAGACACAGCUCUGUCUCUGUGUCAGUGAAAACCAUUUCUUGUUUUGUAAAAAAAAAACAUCUACAGUAUUUGUAUUUUGGAGCCAACCAUGCUUCAUUGAUAACCAUGUGUCAAGGUAAAAAGCUUUGACCCAUAGGUAAGAUAUUGUAUGGAUAGUUGAUUAUAUGUACCAGAUAAACUGUAAAUGAACCCAAACAGUGAAGACAAUAACUGCAAGACGAGUGAUUUGGAUGAAUUUUGAGCAGAUUAUUGAAUUAUUCAUCAGACAUGAGUUUUCCUCAUAUGUUUAAGAACUCUUUAUACAAGUCUGUAUUAUGUAGUUUAAUAUUUAUAACAAUCAGCUAUACUAUCUAAGCAAACAGUUUUAUUGAACAGAAAUGAAUGAAAAGCAGAGAUAAAGGCCUACAGCGCAAGUUUUCGUAGGCCUUGAAGCUUUGGCGACCCCUAGUGGGGGUCCUGCCCCGCAGAUUGGGAACCACUGCCAUAGACUGUAUACAGCAUUAACAGCAUGUAUUGUAAAACAAAUAACGUGUGUUAAAGUUACAAAAGUGUGUCACUGUCUGUGGUGCUGACAAGAUGUCAUAUCUAUUAAAGAGCGUUCUUGAGUUGUAA